AUCCAUUUAAUCAUUCAUGCGAAGUACACCAAUAACAAAAAUUUUCAUCGCAUUUACAAUGAAGCUUUCAACUCUUACCCUCCUAAUCUUUCUCUUUAUAUUCGACCAGGCUUAUGCUCUGUCUUAUGAAGCAGUUUCCAUAAUAGAUGGUCUUAAAUCUUUUUCCCAACUUCAACUCCCACACUCUGUUUUUGGUUCUGAAAGUGUAGCCUUCGAUUGCCAUGGCAAAGGACCUUAUGUGGGCGUAUCUGAUGGUAGAAUUCUCAAGUGGCAAGAAACAAAGAGAGAAUGGACUGACUUUGCAGUCACCUCACCACGCAGGGACAAGAAAUUGUGCGAUGGGUUAACAAGUAAAAGCAUGGAAUCAAUGUGUGGAAGGCCCUUAGGUCUAAAAUUUAACACUGCAACUUGUGAGCUCUACAUUGCCGAUGCCUACUUUGGGCUUCUCGUGGUAGGACUAGGUGGCGGCGUUGCAAGGCAGUUAGCUACUUCAGCAGAUGGGGUCCCUUUUAGGUUUACAAAUGCUUUGGACAUUGAUACCAAAACUGGUGAAGUUUAUUUCACUGAUAGCAGCAUCUUAUUCCAAAGAAGGGUAUACGUAGCAAUAAUUCUUAGCGGGGACAGAACUGGAAGGUUACUAAAAUAUGUGCCCAGUACCAAAAAUGUACAUGUAUUGCUCAAAGGUUUAGCAUUCCCUAACGGUGUAGCCCUUAGCAAGGACAAUUCCUUCCUUCUACUAGCAGAAUCAACCACUUUGAAAAUUCUCAAGAUUCAUCUUAGAAGUUCAGAGAUCCACGCCAUAGAAAAUUUUGCACAGCUUCCACGUUCCCCAGAUAACAUCAAGAGGAAUGCUAAAGGAGAGUUUUGGGUAGCACUGAACAGUGGCAGGGGAAAGAUUCAGAGCUUGGAAAAUAAAAUUGGAAGCACACAUCAGUGGUCUGCAGAUCCUGUCGCAGUUAAAUUUGAUGAAGAGGGAAAUGCCAUUGAGGUAUUAGACGGAAAAUAUGGACAACAACUUAACUCUGUUAGUGAAGUGUUAGAAUAUGGAGAAAGAUUGUGGAUAGGGUCUGCGGUGCAACCAUACGUUGGUGUUAUAAAAGCUUAGACUUUAUUUUGGAUUGAAGUUACAAUAACUAGUACUUAAGUUUGUGUUAUGUAUGGGCAAAAUGCCACAAAAUCUUUAACUUCCAGCUAGC